AUGGACCCCCCAGGGAGUCUACAUGAGGAUGUUCUUUCAGGGAACAACAUGUUCGGCAAACAGCCACUGUCUGCCUUCUCAACGAAACAACGCAAAACCACUAAGUUUACACUGACCAAAUAUACCAUUUAUGAAACUCAAGAGAGAAUGUACAUAGUGGGCUCAAAUAAACGGGAAUCAAUGUUCAGAAUACUGGAGAUUGAUCUUUCUGUCCCGGAAGAUGAACUGGCCGUGUUGGAGGACAACAUUUUCUUCACCAGGAGUGAGAUUAUGGAUGUUCUGGCUCAGUUGGAGAAUGCGAGUGAUUCCGGGCUCAAUAAGAAAGUUACUGGGUACGGCCUCUUGGGGUUUAUAAGAUUUACCUCGUGUUAUUACCUUGUAGUAGUUACAGAGUGCAGUCAGGUGGCCGUCAUCGGAGGUCAUUCUGUGUUUCACAUCGACGCUACAGAGCUGAUCCCCAUCUCAAACAACUACAAGAAACCAGAUAAGUAUUCGAACGAAGCCAAACUAAUUUCAUCCUUUUCAAGCUUGGAUCUCACUAAAACCUUUUAUUUCAGCUACACCUACGAUAUCACAAACACCUUACAAACAAACAUGUUGAGAGAGAAAUUAAGGGCCGUUGACCGGUCAGAUAUUUCUAUCCCUUCAGGAAUAUCAAGUUACAACGAAAUGUUCAUGUGGAAUAACAACCUUCUGAGCCCCCUAUUCAAUUGCUUUGAUGCUGUGCAUGACUGGUUCCAAUGCAUCAUUCAUGGUUUCAUAGAUCAAGUAAACGUUUCCAUUUACGGGAAAAGCAUACAUAUAACGCUGAUCGCUCGAAGGUCACACCAUUUUGCUGGCGCAAGGUUCUUGAAGAGAGGCGUCAAUACAAAGGGGUUCGUUGCAAACGAGGUAGAAACAGAACAAAUUGUCUCGGACAUGAUUCUAACAUCUUUUCAUGAGCCUGGGAACGGAUUUUUCGAUUCAGAUUGUUAUACAUCUUUUGUUCAGCACAGGGGAUCCAUACCAUUGUAUUGGACACAAGAAGCUUCGAAUUUAACAACCAAACCACCCAUCGAAAUCAAUGUGCUUGACCCAUAUUUCAGUCCUGCGGCCCUUCAUUUCGAUAAACUAUUUCAACGCUACGGUGGGGGCACAAUCCAAGUCCUUAACCUGAUCAAAACAAAGGAAAAGAACCCAAGAGAAACUAAAUUGCUGGUGGAAUUUGAGGAGUGUAUUUCGUACCUCAACAUGCAUUUACCAGAGACGAGGAAAAUAGAUUACACGUCGUGGGAUAUGAGCAGAGCAUCGAAACAAGAUGGCCAGAAAGUUAUAGAAUUUUUAGAAAGCUACGCACUAAAAACCAUUUUGGAGACGGGCAUCUUUCAUAAUGGGAGAGAUUUCCAGACAACGAAUAUUCAACAAGGGAUUUGCAGGAGCAACUGUAUCGACUGUCUAGACAGAACAAAUGCUGCUCAAUUUGUUAUCGGCAAAAGAGCUCUUGGAGAACAACUGAAACAGUUAGGUAUAGUAGAAGACACAUACCUAGAAUAUGACUCCGAUAUUGUUAACAUUCUAACUGAGCUGUUUCAUGAUUUGGGGGACACCAUUGCUCUCCAAUACGGUGGAUCUCAUCUGGUAAAUACCAUGGAAACUUACCGGAAAAUAAAUCAAUGGAGUUCGCAUUCUAGAGAUAUGGUUGAAAGCAUAAAGCGGUUUUACAGCAACUCGUUUAUUGAUGCACAGAGACAGGACGCCAUCAACCUAUUUCUGGGGAACUAUGUUUGGAGAGAGCAAGGUACACCUAUCUGGGAAUUAAACACAGAUUUCCAUCUACAUAACGACUAUCUUAUGGAUGGUCCUAAAAGAAGCUACACACAUUGGUGGAACGACUACCAUCUUCAAAGCCUUGGCGAUCUACUACAGAAAGAGAUCAUCCUUAAGGGCAACGAUGUAAGUAAAGCUAAACUGGCAAUGAAUGUAAGGGGCUACCCAGGCGCAUUUGACAACUACUGGAACGAGUAUUACCUGCCUCGUACGGUGACUUGGAUCCAAGAUCUUUUUGCCUUCAAAAUGAACUCGACUCGUCGGUAUCAAUCCUCAAAGAAGCAAAAAGAUGUUACUUCACCCUUCGAAUCAAGGAAGCAGAGUUGGAUAAACAAGAAACUAAAGGGAAUUGCACCACACAAGGAUGAUACCGGGCCGGUCAUUACAGAGAGCGAUGAGUUAAUAUUGGCAAAGACAAUAAUAUCUGGGGCUACUGUAUCUGAUGAACCAACACCUUGGGAAACAGAGUUUCGACUGUCUCUAUAUCAUCUACGAGGGGUAUUGGAAAGCCGGAAUAACUUAGAAAAUAAUUUUGGAAGCUAUUCCGCAAUCGAUAACCCAGUAUUCGCUGGAGACUACAACGUCGUGGAUCUGGAGACAACAAGCAUUGAUAGCGCGCUCUCUGCCGGAGAGAUUCGAGGUGGAGCUUUUUCCGAAGAGGUAGAAACUGAUCCAACUUUUCAAUCCCGAAGUUACUUCCAUGUCACCCCAGUGAAUGUUCAAUACUACGAGCACACCGACUCUCAUGUAGCGGACAAUCUUACUCAGUUGGGGGAAUAUACAGAUUACCUGGAUUUCAAAAACUUGAAAGUAGAUUCCUGCGACAUGAAACUCUACAACGACAUGACAAACGUCACUCCACGGGAAAACCUCGUCUUGUAA